AAUUUAAAAGAUCUUGGAUCCCAAGCAAACAAACAGAAACUGCAAGCAGAGAGACUUGAGAAUUGUGGAAAAGCCCAGGAGAGUGAACUGGCUGCCAUGGUCCACCUCAGUGUCACUCCUGAAGUCUCCCUUGCUGACUCACCAGUGAAGAUUUAUGCCUCUGGCCUGGCCCCCUCCCAGCUUGUGACCUUAUAUGCAUCACUGACAGAUGAAAGAGGAGUGAAGUUUUUGGCCAGAGCCUUUUACCAAGCCAAUCAGAAUGGAGAAGUGGACGUGGCACAGGCAUCUGCUCUGGGAGGCAACUACACAGGUGUGUGGCCCAUGGGCCUCUUCUAUUCUCUAAGGGCUGAGAAGAUGUUCCAGAGACUGAUGAAACGUGAUGUGACAGGCAGCCCCUUCUACGUUCAAAUUAGCCUCUUUAACUCUGCUGUGCUUCUGCCCCUUCCCACGGAAGAACCACUGGCUACUUGCACUGCAGAACGAUGGUAUGCAGCCCCUGGAGUGGAACGCAUCCCAGUUAAAUCGGGCCAGGUCCGGGGAGCCCUCUUCUUGCCUCCAGGCCCUGGGCCGUUUCCAGGACUGAUCGACAUGUUUGGUGGAGCUGGAGGACUAAUUGAAUUCCGAGCUGGCUUGUUGGCUAGUAAAGGCUUUGCAGUUCUGGCUUUGGCUUUCUUUGCAUAUGAUGAUCUGCCACAGACGCUGGAAGUAGUAGAUUUGGAGUAUUUUGAGGAAGCAUCUAGACUACUAUUGAAACAUCCUAAGGUAAGAGGUCCAGGACUAGGAGUGAUUGGUUUGUCCAAAGGAGCAGAAAUUGCACUGGCCAUGGGUACCUUCUUAAAGGAAGUCUUGGCUACAGUGUGCAUCAAUGGCCCAACAAGUAUGAGUGGUACACCACUCCACUUUCAUGAUGUCAGUAUUCCUGCAUCUCCCUACCUACAAGAGAAGAUUCUCGUUAAUGAAAUGGGAUUGGCAUCCUCUUUCUUUUCCUUGGAUGAAACCCCUGUCUCUACCAUCCCUGUGGAAAAGGCCCAAGGGCACGUCCUCUUUGUGGUGGGAGAAGCUGACCAAAGCUUGAACAGCAAGGUGUUUGCUGAAGCAGCCCUGGCCCGAGCAAAGAAAUAUGGGAGAAAUCAUUGUAGACUGUUGUCAUAUCCAGGGGCUGGACAUCUGAUAGAACCCCCUGGAUCUCCAGUUUGCUAUGCCUAUCCAGUUCGGGUUUUUCCCUUGCCUAUCCAGUGGGGAGGGGAAAUGAAGCCUCAUUCCAAAGCCCAGGAGCACUCCUGGAAUGAGAUCCAGAAUUUUUUAAAGCUUCAUCUUGGACCAGUUCAAAGUAGCAGUUUAUGAUAAAAGAAAGGCCAAGUUGGUUAGCUUCCUUUAGAACUGUGGAGUUGGAAGGAGCCAUUGACGCCAUGAAGUUCCACCUUCUGCUCUGCGCAGAAGUUCAAAUUAAAGCAUCUCCUUUAGAUGAAGAGGGGCCCCCUAGCUCUUGGGCUAAUUAGAUCCAUUGUUGAACUGCUUUUGGUGUUAGGAAAUUGUUCAGGACAUUCAAACAGAAUCUGCCACGAACCCACCGUCUACAGGUUCCUCAGUCCGAGACAGAAAACAGAUGCUAGCUUUCUUUGUGGGCUCCUUGAUGAAUGCUAUUAUAUCCUUCCUCUGGCUGCUCUUCACAAGGUGAAGCGUGUCAAGAUUCUUCAUUCUGUCUUGGUAGAAUUUACUUGCUAUUCUCUGAACCUAUGACAGUUUCUCUGAAUUACUAAAGGAUGGAACUAUUUCCUCCUGGGAUUUGGAACUUACGUGUCUGCUGGUGUAAUACAAAUGACAUUUUCCUUUUUUUUUUAACAUCACCACACUGCUGUGUCAUAGCUUCCAAUCAACAACUAUUCUAAGAUGUUUUUUCAGGGAUACUAGUACCA